AUGGGCCUGUUCAAGCGCAAAUCGCGCGAUUCCGACCUCUGGGACUCCAAGGAGAAUUCCACCAACGAGAAAGAGGAGAAACCCGAAGCUCCUAAAAGAAUCACAAUAUUUCAACUAUUUCGUUAUACAAGCACUUUUGACAAAAUUUUAUUACUUAUUGGUAUUACGGUAGCAUGCGGAACUGGUCUCGGUCUUCCACUCAUGUCAAUUCUUAUGGGAAAUGUCUCGCAGAGUUUUAUUAAUCUUGGACAAAUCCUCACUAACCCAAACAUUACUGAUCCAAAUAUUUACAAAAAAGCCAAAGAUGAAUUCUUCCACGAUGUUAUCCAAAAUUGCCUGAAUUACACAUAUUUGGGAAUUGGAAUAUUUGCUGCCGGAUUUCUUCAAGGAAGUUGUUUGUUGACAAUGUGCGAGAAUCUCAUAGACCGCCUUCGCCGACAAUUCUUCUAUUCUGUGAUGAGGCAAGAAAUCGCCUGGUAUGAUAAGAAUACCUCAGGAACUCUUUCGUCAAAACUAUUCGAGUAA